ACCUAUGGACUCUUCUUCUCUGUAAACACGCGGUCAUCUUGUCUUCAGCUCGACCCUCCGACGGGUUCUGGACUUUAUUCUCUCUCUCUGUCUCUCUCUCUGUCUCUCUCUCUGUCUCUCUCUCUGUCUCUCUCUCUGUCUCUCUGUCUCUCUCUCGUCUGGGUCAGACGCUCUCAGGGCUCGGAGUCGCUGAGCUAUGAGCUGCAGAUCUUAGAUAUAAGAGGUAUCAGAGUGAGAGAUGGAGGAGAGGGUGGUGGACUACAGCCUGCUGGAGGGACGCUUCAAACAGCUGCAAGAUGAGCGGGAGGCGGUCCAGAAGAAGACCUUCACUAAGUGGGUGAACUCCCACCUGUCCAGAGUCUCCUGCAGGAUCACAGACCUGUACCUGGACCUGAGGGACGGACGCUCCCUCAUCAAGCUGCUGGAGGUCCUGUCCGGGGAGAAGCUGCCGAAGCCCACUAAGGGCCGGAUGCGGAUCCACUGCCUGGAGAACGUGGAUAAGGCUCUGCAGUUCCUAAAGGAGCAGCGGGUCCACCUGGAGAACAUGGGUUCUCACGACAUCGUGGACGGGAACCACCGCCUGACGCUGGGCCUCAUCUGGACCAUCAUCCUGCGCUUCACGAUCCAGGACAUCAGUGUGGAGUGUGAAGACAACAAAGAGAAGCGGUCGGCUAAAGACGCUCUGCUGCUCUGGUGCCAGAUGAAGACGGCCGGGUAUCCCAACGUGAACAUCCGGAACUUCAGCACCAGCUGGAGGGACGGCAUGGCCUUCAACGCCCUCAUCCACAAACACAGGCCGGAUCUGAUCGACUUUGAUAAGCUGAAGAAGUCGAACGCUCACCACAACCUUCAGAACGCCUUCAACCUGGCCGAGCAGCACCUGGGCCUCACCAAGCUGCUGGACCCCGAGGACAUCAGCGUGGACCAGCCGGACGAGAAGUCGGUGAUCACCUACGUGGUGACGUACUACCACUACUUCUCCAAGAUGAAGGCUCUGAAGGUGGAGGGGAAACGAAUCGGCAAGGUCCUGGAUAACGCCAUAGAGACAGAGAAAAUGGUGGAGAAGUACGAGUCUCUGGCCUCCGACCUGCUGGAGUGGAUCGAGCAGACCAUCAUCAUCCUCAACAACAGGAAGUUUGCAAACUCCCUGCUGGGGGUCCAGCAGCAGCUGCAGGCCUUCAACACCUACCGCACCGUGGAGAAGCCCCCCAAGUUCACGGAGAAGGGGAACCUGGAGGUCCUGCUGUUCACCAUCCAGAGUAAGAUGAGAGCCAACAACCAGAAGGUGUUCACCCCCCGAGAGGGAAAGCUGAUCUCAGACAUCAACAAGGCCUGGGAGCGUCUGGAGAAGGCGGAGCAUGAGAGGGAGCUGGCUCUGAGGACGGAGCUGAUUCGUCAAGAGAAGCUGGAGCAGCUGGCCCGGCGCUUUGACCGGAAAGCGGCCAUGAGAGAGACGUGGCUGAGCGAGAACCAGAGGCUGGUGUCGCAGGAUAACUUCGGCUUCGACCUGCAGGCAGUGGAAGCGGCCACCAAGAAGCACGAGGCAAUCGAGACGGACAUCGCGGCGUACGAGGAGCGAGUCCAGGCCGUCCUAUUGGUGGCCCGGGAGCUGGAGGCGGAGUCUUACCACGACAUCAAGCGCGUGGCGGCGAGGAAGGAGAAUGUGGUGCGGCUGUGGGAGUAUCUGCUGGAGCUGCUGAAGGCCCGCCGGCUGCGGCUGGAGACCAACCUGGGUCUGCAGAGGGUCUUCCAGGAAAUGCUGCACAUCAUGGACUGGAUGGACGAGAUGAAAAUGCUGCUGCUGUCUCAGGACUACGGGAAGCACCUGCUGGGCGUGGAAGAUCUGCUGCAGAAGCACGCCCUGGUGGAGGCCGACAUCUCCAUCCAGGCCGACCGCGUGAAGGCCGUCAGCUCCAACGCCACAAGGUUCUCCGUCGGCGACGCCGGCUAUAAGCCAUGCGACCCUCAGGUGAUCGAGGACCGGGUCUCUCACCUGGAGUUCUGCUACCAGGAGCUGACCCAACUGGCUGCUGAGCGCCGGGCCCGGCUGGAGGAGUCCCGCCGACUCUGGAAGUUCUUCUGGGACAUGGCGGAGGAGGAGGGCUGGAUCCGGGAGAAGGAGCAGAUCCUGUCCUCGGUGGAGAACGGCAAAGACCUGACGGGUUCUCUAAGACUGCUGAGUCAGCAGCGAGCGCUGGAGGACGAGAUGAGCGGCCGCAGCGGACUCCUUAAGAACACCAUCACCGAGGGCCAGGACAUGGUGCAGGCCGGACACUUUGCUGCCACAAAGAUCCAGGAGCGGGUCUCAGAUCUGCAAGAUCAGUGGGUGGCUCUGGAGCGCCUGGCGGUAGCGAGGAAGGUACAGCUGGAGGAAGCUCUGGCGCUGCACCAGUUCCAGACGGACUCAGACGACGUGGACGCCUGGACGCUGGACGCCUUGCGCAUCGUGUCGAGCGGGGAGACUGGCCACGAUGAGUUCUCCACGCAGGCGUUGGUCCGGAAGCACAAGGACGCGGCGGCAGAGGUUUCCAGCUACCGGUUCGUCAUCGACUCGCUGCACGAACAGGCUGCCGCACUGCCGGAGGAGGAGGCGCAGUCUGAGGAGGUCCGCGGGCGCCUGGCCGGCAUCGAGGAGCGUUACAAGGAGGUGUCCGAGUUGACGAAGCUGAGGAAGCAGGCGCUGCAGGACGCGCUGGCGCUCUACAAGAUGUUCAGCGAAGCAGACGCAUGCGAGGUCUGGAUCGACGAGAAGGAGCAGUGGCUGAACAGCAUGGAGAUCCCCGAGAAGCUGGAGGACCUGGAGGUGAUCCAGCACCGCUUCGAGAGUCUGGAGCCCGAGAUGAACAACCAGGCGUCCCGGGUCGCCGUGGUGAACCAGAUCGCCCGGCAGCUGAUGCACAACGGCCACCCGGGCGAGACGGACAUCAAGACGCAGCAGGACCAACUCAACAACAGGUGGAGUCAGUUCAGAGACCUGGUGGACCAGAAGAAGGAGUCCCUGAACUCUGCGCUCGGCGUGCAGAACUACCACCUGGAGUGCAACGAGACCAAGUCCUGGAUCAAGGAGAAGACCAAGGUGAUCGAGUCCACGCAGGAGCUGGGCAACGACCUGACCGGCGUCAUGGCGCUGCAGCGCAAACUCACCGGCAUGGAGCGAGACCUCGCCGCCAUCGAGGACAAACUGGGUGACCUGCGGGGGGAGGCUGAGCGUCUGGCCCAGGAGCACCCGGACCAGGCCAAGGCCAUCACGGGCCAGCUGGCAGAGAUCACGGCGGUCUGGGAGGAGAUGAAGAAUACGCUGAAGACCCGCGAGGAGUCGCUGGGCGAGGCCAGGAAGCUGCAGCAGUUCCUGCGAGAGCUGGACGACUUCCAGUCCUGGUUGUCGCGCACGCAGACCGCUAUUGCCUCCGAGGACAUGCCCAACACACUGGCCGAAGCCGAGAAGCUGAUGGCGCAGCACGAGGGCAUCAAGAACGAAGUGCAAAACUACGAGGAGGACUACCAGAAGAUGCGGGACAUGGGCGAGCUGGUGACGCAGGGCCAGACGGACGCGCAGCACAUGUUCCUGCGGCAGCGGCUGGAGGCGCUGCACAUCGGCUGGAACGAGCUGCACAAGAUGUGGGAGAACCGGCAGAACCUGCUGACCCAGAGCCACGCCUACCAACUGUUCCUCAGGGACACCAAGCAGGCCGAGACCUUCCUCAACAACCAGGAGUACGUCCUGGCUCACACGGAGAUGCCCACCACGCUGGAGGGCGCUGAGGCUGCCAUCAAGAAGCAGGAGGACUUCAUGACCACCAUGGACGCCAACGAGGACAAGAUCAACGGCGUGGUGGAGGCCGGGCGGCGGCUCGCCAGAGACGGGAACAUCAAUGCAGAGAGAAUCCAGGAGCGAGUCGCCUCCAUCGAUGACAGGCACAAGAAGAACCGGGAGGCGGCGGUGGAGCUGCUGAUGAGGCUGAAAGACAACAGAGACCUGCAGAAGUUCUUGCAGGACUGCCAGGAGCUGUCUCUGUGGAUCAACGAGAAGAUGCUCAGCGCUCAGGACCUGACCUACGACGAGGCCAGGAACCUGCACAGCAAGUGGCUGAAGCACCAGGCAUUCAUGGCCGAGCUGCAGUCCAACAAGGAGUGGCUGGACAAGAUCCAGAAGGACGGCCGGCUGCUGGUGUCGGAGAAGCCGGAGACGGACGCCGUUGUGACGGAGAAGCUGUCGGCGCUGCACACCAUGUGGGCGGAGCUCGAGUCCACCACUCAGACGAAGGCUCAGUGUCUGUUCGACGCCAACAAGGCGGAGCUGUUCACCCAGAGCUGCGCAGACCUGGGCAAGUGGAUGGGGGGCCUGGAGGGCCAGAUCCAGUCAGACGACUACGGGAAAGACCUGACCUCCGUCAACAUCCUGCUGAAGAAACAACAGAUGCUGGAGAAGCAGGUGGAGGUGCGGCAGCGGGAGGUGGUGGAGCUGCAGAGCCAGGUGAAGGCUCUGGGGAAGGAGGUGCAGGACACGGAGGAGGUGGACGGGCGGAGGCAGCUGCUGGAGAACAAGUUCAGCGAGCUGCUGGACCCCCUGCGGAGGAGGCGGGACUUCCUGGUGGAGUCCCGGGAGGUGCACCAGUUCAACCGGGACGUGGAGGACGAGAUUCUGUGGGUGCAGGAGAGGAAGGCCGUGGCCUCGUCUUGCGACCUCGGGAGCAACCUGCAGACGGUGCAGCUGCUCAUCAAGAAGAACCAGACACUGCAGAAAGAGAUCCAGGGGCAUCAGCCUCGUAUCGACGACAUCCUGGAGCGCAGCCUGAGUCUGCUGAAGGAUGAUUCCCCGGGGUCGGAGGCGACCCGCGGGCGGCUGGCGGCGCUGCAGGAGCUGUGGAGCCAGCUGAGGGAGGAGGCGCAGCGACGCCACGACCGCCUGCAGGAGGCGCACCGGGCCCAGCAGUACUACUUUGACGCCGCCGAGGCCGAGGCCUGGAUGAGCGAGCAGGAGCUGUACAUGAUGUCUGAGGAGAAGGCCAAGGACGAGCUGAGCGCCGUCACCAUGCAGAAGAAGCAUCAGAUCGUAGAGCAGGCGGUGGAGGACUAUGCUGAUGCGGUCCACCUGCUGUCCAAGACCAGCCGGGGCCUGGUGGCCGAGGCUCACCCCGAGAGUGAGAGGAUCAGCAUGCGUCAGUCUCAGGUGGAUAAGCUGUAUGCAGGUAUGAAGGACCUAUCAGAGGAGAGGCGGGGCCGUCUGGAGGAGAGGCUCCGCCUUUUCCUGCUGAACAGGGAGGUGGAUGAGCUGGAGCAGUGGAUCGCUGAGAGGGAGGUGGUGGCAGGAAGUCAUGAACUGGGACAGGACUACGAGCACGUUACUAUGCUGCAGGAGCGUUUCCGGGAGUUUGCCCGCGACACGGGAAACAUCGGGCAGGAGCGCGUGGAUGGCGUGAACCAGCUGGCGGACGAGCUGAUCAACACGGGGCACGGUGACGCGGCCACGGUGGCUGAGUGGAAGGACGGGCUGAACGAGGCGUGGGCUGACCUGCUGGAGCUCAUCGACACCCGGACGCAGAUCCUGGCCGCCUCCUUCGAGCUGCACAAGUUCUACCACGACGGCAAGGAGAUCCUGCUGCGCAUCGUGGACAAGCAGAAGAAGCUCCCGGAGGAGGCGGGUCGGGACCAGAACACCGUGGAGACGCUGCAGAGGAUGCACUCCGCCUUCGAGCACGACAUCCAGGCGCUGGGGACACAGGUGCGGCAGCUGCAGGAUGACGCGGUGCGCCUUCAGGCGGCCUACGCAGGGGACAAAGCUGAUGAUAUCCAGCGGCGGGAGCAGGAGGUUCUGGAGGCAUGGAGGGUUCUGCUGGAGUCCUGCGACGCCCGGAGACUCCGGCUGCUCGACACCGGGGACAAGUUCCGGUUCUUCAGCCUGGUGAGGGACCUGAUGCUGUGGAUGGAGGACGUGAUCCGGCUCAUCGAGGCCCAGGAGAACCCCAGGGACGUGUCCUCGGUGGAGCUGCUGAUGAACAACCAUCAGGGCAUCAAGGCCGAGAUCGACGCCCGCAACGACAGCUUCACCGCCGCCAUCGAGCUUGGGAAGUCGCUGCUGGCCCGGAAACACUUCGCUGCCGAGGAGAUCAAGGAGAAGCUGCUGCAGCUGACGGACAAGAGGAAGGAGAUGAUCGAUAAGUGGGAGGACCGCUGGGAGUGGCUGAGACUGGUGCUGGAAGUGCACCAAUUCUCCCGGGAUGCCGGCGUGGCCGAGGCCUGGCUGCUGGGGCAGGAGCCCUACCUGUCCUCCAGGGAGAUGGGGCACAGCGUGGACGAGGUGGAGAAGCUCAUCAAACGCCACGAGGCCUUCGAGAAGUCCGCCGCCACGUGGGAGGAGAGGUUCUCCGCGCUGGAGAGGCUCACCACGAUGGAGCUGCUGGAGGUGCGCCGGCUGCAGGAGGAGGAGCUACAGAGGCGGAGACCCCCCCCCAGCCCCGAGCCUCAGCAGGAGGACGCUCAGCAGCAGAGCGUCACUCAGAAUGGGCUGCCCUCUGACCCCGAAUCCCCCCCGGAUGCCGUGGAGCCCCCCCUGAUGGUGAACGGUGACUCCGGCUCUAAGGACCCGAGCCCCGGCGGCUCCCCCACCCCCUCCAGGAAGAAGAGCAGCCUGGCCUCCACGCUGCCCCCCCGCACCCCCGACCCCGGGGCCCUGCUUGAGGGGCACCUGCACCGCAAACACGAGUGGGAGGGGCCUAACAAGAAGGCCUCCAACAGGUCUUGGCACAAUGUGUUUUGCGUCAUCAACAAACAGGAAGUGAGUUUCUACAAAGACGGGAAGGCGGCGGCGCAGGGCAUCUCGUACCACGGAGAGCCGGCUCUGCGCCUGCAGGACGCCGUCUGUGACAUAGCGUCAGAAUACAAGAAGAAGAAACACGUCUUUAAACUGAAAGCCGCUGAUGGAAACGAAUAUCUGUUCCAAGCCAAAGAUGAAGAGGACAUGAGCUCCUGGAUCCAGGCCGUCCUGAACGCCGGCUCAGACCACUCCGAGGCUCCAGGCAGCGUCCCGGGAACACCGGGCUCGGGUCGGGCUCAGACGCUGCCGGCCCUCACCUCCGAGUCGAGUCCCGGGAAGAGAGAGAAGGACAAAGAGAAGGAGAAGGAGAAACGAUUCAGCCUGUUCAGCAAGAAGAAGCAGUAGAGAGGGAACAACGCUUUGGUGAAACUCGCGUUAGUUCAGCGUUCAGAGAGAGCCUUUAGGGAGGUCUCCCGCAAACAGAGAUGAUGUUAAACUGCACAUCGAAUUACCAAACCUCCCACAAGACCUCCCUAAAGUUAGCCAGCCCCUCACCCUCCCUCAUGUGCUGUCUCCAGCCAUAGAAGCGGUAAAUCACUCGCUGCAGACGUUGCCACAUUAGCAUCCGACCAAACUGUGAAAACCGUUUGACACAAACGUAGUGAAAUGUGGCUCAGAUGAAUUCACAGCUGUUUAUCUUUGAAAUCCAAAUGUUUUGAACAGAUUUAUGAGACAGAGAAAAUGUGGGAACAGGAAACGGAGCAGCUGAUGUCAGAGGGCGGCGGCUGGAAACUCCAACGAGAAAAACUGGAAGAGUUUCACCAAAGUGCGUCGUGAAGAAUCUGUGUGUUUAUUCUCAAUGCAGUUUUGUUUUUUAUAUAUUUUAGAUUUUAUUUCUUCACACGGCCGUUGCCGGAGGGGUUUGUGUACACGCGUUUAAACAUCGACGCUGCUUUGAGCAAACAUCGAUAGAUCCCGACACCGGAGCCAGGCCCUGGAGGAUCCUCCGUGCUGGCAGCGGCCUGCGUCCUUCACUUUGUUUCUAACUUUAUUUGUUAUUUUUGUACUUUUUCUGAAGUUAUUUCCUCAAUUUUGUGAGGGCGUCUCCAGAGACCGCCUCCCUUCUCCUCUGCCGUUGAGAAAUUGGACCAAUAGUGCUUUUUGUUCUGUUCUCUGAGCUCUGAGUGUCUGAUGUAGAAAAGCCCACCCGCAUGCUCCGCCUGAAUCACUGCAUCUUUUUUUAUGUCCUGGGUUGCAGAUAAACGACAUGUAUAAUAACCCGUGAACGCGUCGCCGUGUAAUCGUAGAACCGCAGGUUUUGCUUUGCUUCUCGUCACGCUGCGUUCAGGUUCCCCGCUCUUUGAUACUCGUGUUGCUCUGCUGUUUAUCGUACAACAUGUAUGGAAGUCAGGCCAUCUUACUGCACAAUCAGAAACACACCUAUAGGAAUGACCCGGAGCUUAGUAUUAUCCAUAAGGCUUCUCAUGUAUGAACCUGCACCUGUAAACGCUGUCAGUGCGAUGUCAUUAAAGCUUUUAAUCUUU